AUGACUAUUGACACUCCUAAAGAAGGGAUGUGGGUUCUCGGAUACGGCUCACUUAUAUGGAAGCCUCCGCCACAUUACACGUUUAGGUUACAGGGGUAUCUUACAGGCUUUAUCAGAAGGUUUUACAUGCAAUCACGAGAUCAUCGUGGUACUCCUGCUAAUCCUGGUAGAGUAGUAACAUUAGUGUCUCAUAAGGAUCUCAUAAAGAAACGGAAUGAAUACAUAGAUCAUUUAAUUGGCCAUGAAAUCCCCCUGAGUGAACAAGAAGUGCCUAUUCCUCAUGAUGCUUUAAAAGUGUGGUGUGUUGCUUAUUACAUUCCAUCGGAAAAGGUGGCGGAAGUCAAGGAGUAUUUGGAUAUACGAGAACAAGACGGAUAUUCCACACAUCAAGUCGAGUUUCAUAUUUCUCCGGAGCAUAAUAAGUGUUCUUCUAAAGAGGAAGAAGAUGUAGUGUCUGUAUUGCCUGUACACCCUAAAACCAAUCAUAAGUAUUUGACCUCAAUGAUCUAUUUAGGAACAUUGGAUAAUGAAGCAUAUAUUGGACCAGAGAAUAUCAUGGAUACUGCUCUGGUUAUAAGAACUAGUGUGGGGGAUAGCGGUAAAAAUAUAGAGUACUUGAUUGAACUAACAAAACUGAUGAGACAGUUUCAUCCUGAUACAUAUUUGGAAGAACUUCUUCGAAUUGUUGAGUCGUAA